GUGAUUUAACGCUAAUCCAGCACGUGUUGUAUUUUAUUUUACUGAUUAAUACAGAUAAUAAUUAUGGUGUCUGUAAAUCAUGAAGUUAUCAGAUCGCUUAUGUGUGACAAGUACAAUAAAAAGGUUUUAAAUAUAAAGCAACUUGAUGGAUACGUAGAUCUUAAUUACAAAUUAGAAAUUGUAGAUGGGAAUUCGGAUAGAACUUCUGGAUAUGAAACUGUGAUACUGAAACUAAUAUCAGACAGCAUCGAAACAAUAAAUUUACAGCACAAAAUAAUGGUCUAUCUUAAUGAUAAAGGCGUUGAUACAUGCAGACCAGUGCAUACAGUUGAAGGGAAAAGCACUUGUAAAGUUGGUGUGCGUACAGAUCAGUGUAAAGAUUCCGUAAGUGAAGAGCUAGCCUGUGUCCUAACAUACAUACCUGGCAUAACAGUGCGAUGUGCGGGCCAUCCAGCUGGUUUGAUGGAGGAGUUUGGGCGGUUUGCAGGAAGGGUAGACAAACUAUUGCUGCACUUCGAACAAGACAAUCUUCAAUACACAGACACAAUAUGGGAACUGUCUCAAACAUCGAAAUUAGAAGCACUGAUAGAGAAAUACUGCACCAAAGAUGUUAAAGAACUUGGGAUGAAUAUUAUCAGUGGGUUCAGGAAGGAUAUCUUGCCAGUUCUUGCUUCAUUCCAAAAAGGGUAUAUACAUGGAGACUUAAAUGACUGCAAUUUUAUUGUUACACAAACUACCACAGACGCUGACAAAUAUACCAUUUCCGGGUUGAUCGAUUACGGAGACGUUUGUGUAAGCUUCUACAUAUACGAGAUCGCCGCAUUAAUGGCGGACAUGAUGUCUGUAUGCCGAAAGAAGCAACACCCUUUAGAAGUAGGGAAACUUAUACUCAUGGGUUUCAUGCAGGAAUUUGAGCUGAAUUCAGUGGAACUAAAAUGUCUUCGGCUUGUUAUAUGUGUGAGAAUGGUCCAGUUCUAUGUUUUUGGUGCCGAGAUCAUAGAAAAUGACCCUAGUAAUGAAUAUGCCAAGCUAGAUAGAGACGAUUACCUUGAAAUGUGUAAAUACUUGUGGGAAAUAGGCGACGAACGAUUUAAACAUGAAGUUCUGGAUGAAAAAAUGGUUAAGUAAAACAUGAAAUAGAUAAACAUUAUAAAGUCAAGGCAAAGAUGCAGGGAGCACAUCUGGUAUCGGAGAACAACGAAACCACUGAAAUUAUUGACUUAGAAUGUCAGUUAUAAACGAAACUUUCAACUGUUA